AUGGCUGCGCCGGGAAGGUGGAGGCCGCUUCGCGGUGCACCAGUCCUCCUCCUCGCCUUUGCUUUCUGUGCUUGGAUCGGAGAGCAGAGCUUUGCUGUGCCUCCGACCACACGAACGCGGACUACGGCUGGCAUCGAGGGCAUUGCGGAGCCUCUGCCGACCUCCUCGUUCGGAAACUUUGCUGGCAGAAGCUUCCAGUCUACUCGGGCGCAGGACAAAGUGUCCGACGAUGCGCGUGCAACCGAUUUUGCUGCGAUCUCAGAAGUCGGAGUCGGCAGGGAGCACCGAAGGAACCAUGCCAGGCUGCAGGUCAAUCUCUCUUUGGCUGUGUUGACAUCUUGCUGCCAUGAUGUGAUGAGAACUGGCGAACCUGCCGCCGCUUUCUGA